AUGCCGCGGAGGAAGCAGUCCAACCCGCAGCCAGUCAAACUGGGAGCUCUGCCUCUCGACCCCCCCCUUGUGGUGGACCCCAGCUGUCUGGUUCUGGACAGUGACUUCUUGCUGAGUGGAGAGCUGGAGUUUGGAGACUCGGAAAUCAUGGGCUUGGGCAAGGACUCAGUGACUGUGUUCUCUCUGGUGGAGGAGGACUCGUCAGUGCCCUCUGACCCCUCUCUCUCCUUCUGUUGCUGCAAACGCUGUGGGAAGCUUCUCCCAGAUGCCCUUCUGUCCACCGGCCUCCACCUGGGGGUGAGUCUGGACCUGUCCUCAGACCUGUACUGCCUCAGUUGUGAAUCCAUCCCUCCGUCUCCCGAAUUGUCUCCCAAAUCCUCCAAACGAGUCCAGAACCAGCCGGACCCCAGUCCCUCGGAGCCCAGACUCUACUCCUGCGCCCUGUGCCCCUUUACCUCCCGCUACUCCAACCACCUGACUCGGCACGCACGCAUCCACCAAGGCCGCAAACCGUACCAGUGCGAGGUGAUGGUCCAAGGCACAAACCAGUGUCUCUGUGAUUUAUCAAAGUAA